GUGACAGUGACAGUUAACGUAUUUUAUUAAUCUGUGUCCUGUGAUGUCAUUUGACGUCUGGUCUGUGAUUGUAAUGCAAGUGCAGUGCAUGUAAAUUAUAAUUUUCGUUUUUAUUUCAAAUUAAAUAUUACUUCUCUGCAAAAUGGCACAGCCUCAAGCAGAUAUUGCCUUGAUUGGCCUGGCUGUGAUGGGACAAAACUUAAUCCUUAAUAUGGACUCCAAGGGAUUUGUUGUGUGUGCAUUUAACAGGACAGUGGAUAAGGUAGAUCAAUUUCUCGCCAAUGAAGCGAAGGGAACAAAAGUUAUUGGUGCAAAAUCGUUAGAAGAUAUGGUAUCAAAGCUUAAGAAACCUAGAAAAGUUAUGCUACUAGUAAAAGCUGGAUCAGCAGUUGAAGAGUUUGUUAAAAAGUUGUUGCCAUUGUUAGAAGCUGGUGAUAUAAUUAUUGAUGGUGGCAACUCACAGUAUACAGAUACACAGCGUUUGUGCAAAGAGAUUGCACCAACUGGAAAACUAUAUAUAGGCAUGGGUGUAAGUGGUGGUGAAGACGGAGCGAGGUACGGUCCAUCACUCAUGCCUGGAGGUCACUCGGCAGCCUGGCCGCAUGUCAAACCCAUUUUCCAGGCCAUAACAGCUAAAGCAAGCGGGGAGCCAUGCUGCGAUUGGGUCGGCGAAGACGGCGCCGGCCACUUUGUCAAGAUGGUACAUAACGGCAUUGAGUAUGGAGACAUGCAGUUGAUAUGUGAAGCUUAUCACCUCAUGAAGGAUGUACUUGCGAUGGAACAAGAUGAAAUGGCCGAAAUAUUUGACCAGUGGAACAAAGGCGAGCUGGAUUCGUUCCUUAUUGAAAUAACGCGCGAUAUUUUGAAAUUCAAAGAUACCGAUGGUAAAUAUCUUUUACCCAAGAUUCGGGACUCGGCCGGUCAAAAGGGCACUGGCAAGUGGACUGGUAUCAGUGCCUUGGAGUACGGAGUUCCCGUCACGCUAAUCGGCGAAGCAGUCUUUGCGCGUUGUCUGUCCGCCUUGAAAGAGGAACGGGCGACCGCCAGCAAGAGCCUGUUGGGGCCGGUGGAGUUUACGAAAGAAAACAAAAAAGAGUUCCUAGAGCACCUGCGUCAGGCGCUCUACGCUAGCAAGGUGAUCUCGUACGCGCAAGGUUUCAUGUUGCUGAGAGAAGCUGCCAAGGUCAACAACUGGAAUUUGAACUACGGGGGCAUUGCUCUGAUGUGGCGCGGUGGAUGCAUUAUAAGAAGUGUUUUCCUACGAAACAUCAAGGAUGCCUUCACGAAGAAUCCCCGUCUGUCGAACCUCCUUCUGGACCCAUACUUCUGUGAGCGCAUCGGAGAGUGCCAGCAAUCUCUGCGGCAAGUGGUCGCCAAGGCCGCACUGAUGGGAGUGCCUUCUCCGGCGUUUUCUACCGCGCUCGCCUUCUACGAUGGAUACAGAUCUCGUGUGUUGCCCGCUAACUUACUGCAGGCCCAAAGGGACUAUUUCGGCGCGCACACCUACGAACUGUUAUCCAAGCCGGGUGAAUACGUCCACACCAACUGGACGGGCCACGGUGGAAACGUUUCCGCUUCCACAUACACCAACUAGAAGUAUGUAUAAGAAACGUAAACAAAAAUAUCACAUAUAUCAUAAAAGAUUAACACUAGAACGACCGCCGUACCAAUUAUGUCCCAUCACCUAAAACAUGCUGUUUGUGAAACAAUCCACUCGUAAAAGAAAAUAUAAAUUAGAUAGUUUUGUAAUUAUGUGUAGGAAAAAAUGAAUGUUUACACGAUGCUGUAAAUGUGAGCUGACGUUAGAAAAUAGUCCAAAAAAAUGAUUCCUUUAAAACACAUUCCAUAAAUAUAAGUUACCUUUUAGCAACAGUGUCCAAAAACGUCCUGCAAAUACAAAAUACAAAUGACAAAUAAAAAUGGUAAUAAUAAUAAUAUAGUUUACUGAAUCGAAAUAAAUUUGAAACCAAGAAAUGAAAUUCAAAGUGCUGAACACUGAACGAAUUGAUAUAGAUCGCGUUAAAAAAACAUUACGUCAUAGCCUUUUGGAGAGAAGAGAAAUGGAAUUAAACAAAUUUUGUAUAAAACAUGCACAUUUAGAAGAAUUUAUUAAUAACAAGAAUAGGCUUAGUGAUUGUUAUUAAUAAAUUCUGUUGCAGUUUUGUGCAGAUAGUUCAAUAACUAAAGAAGUUUUUCGGGGUUCGUCGGUUGUAGAGUGAUGUUUGACAUUUUUGUAUUCUUUGUUGUAUUAGAAUUGGUCAUAUUUUUUGUGAAAUGUCAGAAUUCAAUGUAAAAUUUUCCAAAUAAUAAAAUCUUUUUUUGACAUUUCGUUGUACACGCCAGAAAUACAAGAAAAACAUAUAUAAGAGGUUAAUGCUCAAUGUGCAAGAAACUGCAGAGAGAAUAGUGUGAUAUUUGUUCUUAAAAAAAAAAUAAUAACUAUUUUAUAGAUUUACAUCAAACAUUUGAUAUUUUGUUAACAGUUAAAAUUACUAUACAAAUAAAUAAAGAGUUUUUAGAGCAUUCCAUUGUAUCUCACUCUUAAUUUAUAAUUUGUUUUUAAAGAAUAUUUAUUUGACUUUAAUAUACAUAUUUCAAGUGAGUUGGCCAAAGUUUUCAUAAUAAAUCAUGUCAUAUACUAAGGAAAGUUGUCAUACAUAUAAGGGGACAAAUUUGUCCCAGCGGCAGUUCUAGGGGUGUUGCCGCAAUUGUGCGACAAUUAGUCUUUAUUUCAUAUAAUAUACAAUAUUAUAAAGUUGAAAUAAUUAACUUUUAUAAUAUGUGACCAGUGUUUUAAAUACAUAUAUCCAGUGUACUUGUAUGUAAGAGUUAAUAUUAAUAUCAUUUUUCUUAUAUAAAGUUGAUUUCAAUUACACUUCCAUUUUAGUUGGUUGUAAAAUUUUCAACUAUAGCUUGUCAAGUUCGUUGAUGACACUCCCAUGAUAUGCGGGCGACGGUGGGAAAGAGUGCGCGGGUGUGAAAUCGUGCGUGCGGGGAAGUGAGGGCAUCAGUCGUGGAUUUUUCAUUCAUCUCUAAACACCCCCCGACCCGCACGGACCACGGGAGUGUUACGAACGAACUUGCCAAGCUAUAGAAUACUUGUGUUUUUCGUGAUGUUUAGUGUUAUUAACAAUUUUCAUAGCCCAGUCAAGUUUCCAUUAUAAAAAGAAAUAUUGAAAAAUGUGUCAAAUUGUACAAUAAUGUAUAGUGUCAAAGGAAAUGGUAUUAACGAAAUAAUGUUAUAUUUUACAGUUCACAAUAAAAUUCCGUUAGUAAAUAAAGUGAGAUUUUUACAAGGUUUGUAGUUCGAAUAUAAUUUUAAUGUUGGGCUAAAUAAAUAAAAAAAUAUAUGUAUAUGUUUAUUCAUGUGUUACUAUUUAAAAUGUUAAGCUUUAUUCAAAUAAUUGAACUGUAUGUGAUAUCAUUAAAGCAUUUCGCUGUCUCAAAAUUAUUAAUAAUUUAUUAAUUAAUUUAAGUAAUACCAGGGUGUGCGGUUGAAUAAUAAUUUUAUAUUAGUUUAUAUUUUUUAUACUUUCUGCUUUGAUAUGGGAUCAAUUUACUACAUGUUGAUUAUUGAGAGAGAAUAAAAUGGGGUUUUUACGA